UCCGCCGCCGGUUCCUAUCCGAUGGGAUUGAAUUGACGCACCAGAAGUUCAUUUUCUAUUCCUUGCCCCUUGGCAGCAGACUUGUUCUCUGUCAAAGCUUACUACUACCUUCUCCCGGCUUCUUCCUGAACCGGAGAACACAAAGUCAGCGGCCGGCGAUGAUAUCGACGGAGGAGGCUCUCCGGAUUGUUCUGGGAGCAGCUCAGCGUCUUACUCCUACGACGGUGCCUAUUCACGAGGCCCUAGGUAAAGUUCUAGCGGAGGACAUUCGAGCGCGCGACCCUUUGCCCCCUUAUCCUGCUUCCAUAAAGGAUGGCUAUGCCGUGAUUGCUUCCGAUGGUCCAGGGGAAUAUCCGGUGAUUGCCGAGUCGAGAGCUGGAAAUGAUGCGGUUGGAGUCACGCUUACUCCUGGGACUGUUGCGUAUGUUACAACUGGAGGACCGAUCCCUGAUGGUGCUGAUGCAGUCGUUCAGGUUGAGGACACUGAAAAAGUUGAGGAUCGUUUAGAUGGAUCAAAGCGAGUAAAAAUCUUGGUGCAGACUAAAAAGGGCAUUGACAUUCGUCCGGUGGGUUGUGAUAUAGAGAAAGAUGCCACGGUAUUAAAAUCUGGAGAAACACUCGGUGCUUCAGAAAUUGGCUUACUUGCUACUGUUGGUGUGACAAUGGUCAAGAUAUUUCCUGCUCCUACAAUUGCUGUGGUUUCUACUGGAGAUGAACUUGUGGAGCCAACAACUGGGUGUUUGAGCAGAGGCCAGAUUAGGGACUCCAACCGUUCUACCCUGCUUGUAGCUGCAGUUCAGCAGCAAUGCAAGGUUGUUGACCUUGGAAUUGCUGGGGAUGACAAAGAAGAACUUGAAAGUGUCCUGGAUAAAGCAAUUGCCUCCGGGGCGGAUAUUAUCUUAACUUCAGGAGGUGUUUCAAUGGGGGAUAAGGAUUUUGUAAAGCCAUUGCUUGUGAAAAGAGGGGUUGUUCAUUUUGACAAGGUUUGCAUGAGACCCGGGAAGCCUUUGACUUUUGCUGAAGUCUCUCCAACAGUCACUACUGCGCCCAAAAAACUUCUUGCAUUUGGAUUACCCGGAAAUCCUGUGAGCUGCCUAGUUUGCUUCCAUCUCUUUGUGGUCCCAACGAUUCGCCGUCUUUCUGGAUGGGAAAAUCCUCACCUUUUGAGAGUGCAUGCUCGUCUUAAUCAACCUAUGAAGACUGAUCCAGUACGGCCAGAAUUUCAUCGUGCCACCAUCAAGUGGAAGACCAAUGAUGGGUCAGGGAAUCCAGGAUUUGUUGCUGAAAGCACUGGUUCCCAGAUGAGCAGCCGUCUCUUGAGCAUGAAAUCAGCUAAUGCGCUGUUGGAGUUGCCAGCAACAGGAACAUUAUUUCCUGCUGGAACUUCUGUCUCGGCCAUUGUAAUCAGUGAUUUAAGCUGUAAUGCUAUUCCUGACGGUUGCAUCUCAGUAGAUUUAGCUCCUUCCCUUCAAAGUAAACAUAGAGAAACAUUCACAGCUUCUGAGGUCAGGGUGGCUAUUCUAACAGUGAGUGAUACUGUCGCAUCAGGUGCUGGGCCUGACAGAAGUGGUCCUAGAGCAAUUUCGGUUGUAAAUUCCUCUUCAGAGAAGCUAGGAGGAGCUACAGUGGUAUCAACCGCUGUGGUCCCAGAUGAAGUGGGUAAAAUUAAAGAUGUUCUGCUGAAGUGGAGUGACAUUGAUCAAGUGGACCUCAUUCUUACACUGGGUGGUACUGGCUUCACCCCAAGAGAUGUGACUCCUGAGGCAACUAAAGAAGUGAUUGAGAAGGAAACGCCUGGCCUUCUGCAUGUAAUGACGCAAGAGAGUUUAAAGGUCACACCAUUUGCCGUGUUAUCACGCGCUGCAGCAGGUAUAAGGGGCACAACACUGAUAAUCAACAUGCCAGGGAACCCAAAUGCAGUUGCAGAAUGUAUUGAAGCACUGCUGCCAGUGCUGAAGCACGCUUUCAAACAGAUUCGAGGCGACAAGCGGGAGAAACAUCCACGUCACCUCCCCCACACCCAACAACCAUCUGACACGUGGGAACGCAGCUUCAGUGCAGCCAAUGCAGCUGCUGCUGCUGGUUCUGCUUCGGAGCCUCCUGCUAGUUGCUCUUGCUCGCAUUGAGAAAGUCCCUCCCAUUCCCAAGUUGAUGUGUGAGGUUUGUGUUUUGUGCUAUGAAUGUAAUAUAGAAAUAGAAUGGUCACCUUGGCCCGGAGGGAGAGUAAUCUAUUUACUGGGAUUUUAAAGCUGUGCAUUUUGAAAGUCGAUGCAUUCUGAAAUUCACUUACUUGGACCUAAUAAUUAUUCACAAUGUUGAUUUAUUUGUAUUUGAAUGAUGAUUUUGCUUUCUAAGCAUGAAUGGAUAGAGACAUUAGCAGUUUAGCACUCACCAACUACUUGACUUUGGUUAUUGUAAAAAAAAAAAACUACUUGACUUUGGUUAGAGGCUUUCACAUGAAAUUUUGGUGAACUUUUUUUUGGCCCUACUUCACCUACUCAUUCUAUGCACACCAAAUCCCAAACAUCUAGAGCUAAACUAGAGUAUGUGAUAUCAAUAACAUGUAACGAUUAAAGCUUUGUGGCUCGGAUAGAUAACAAUACUAGAUGCUUAUCUCGUGAAAGAUACUCGUAAGAUCAACAUUUUAACCAAGUAAAAACAUCCAAUGAGUGUUUGUAAGGUUAUGUAGCUAGUUCUGAAUGUAAAGAUUGAUUUGUUGAACUGGUUAGAGCCACAUUCAUAGUUAUUCUGUCAAAUUAAUUUUAUAAACUCAUCUAACUCUCUAACUAAUUUACUGUCGUCUGCUACAUAAGAUUGAAAUUAUCCGAGAACUUAUGUAAAUACUCGUUUUAUUUAAGCAAAUUGCAAUAUAGUUGUAAAGUAAAUAAUCUAAUUGGAGUAACAUACAUUCCAAAGAAAAUGGUGGCCAACCAACUUUUUUUUUUUUUUUUUUCAUUUUGCCCACCAACACCUUUUGAUGUGACCAUUAUGAUUAAAUACCAUACCAAAUUGACACAAGACUACAAGAACUUAGCCAUGGCCUUUUUUUUUCUUUUAAUCUCCACGUUUGCUAAGGCCACUAAAUAUGUUUCGUAAAAAAAUAUUGGUGAUAGAUGUUCAACAAAGCCUCCUCAAAUUUGGGGUUGGUGAAUCCAUUGUCUUUGUUAGGAGCCUUACACUUAAUCCCUCAAAUAAUUUCUUCUCUAUUUCCCUCCAUACUUCUGUAUAUCUUCCAAUAUUUUGGGUUAUAUCCUAAAUGGCGACUAGAUGAUAGUCGAUAUACCAAAAUAAUCACUCAACUUUAAAACAUAACGAAAAGAACACUUACUUUUUUUCAUUUCAUAACAAAAUGGUUAGUUGUUUCAAUUAUAUGUCCAUUUUUCGUACUUUAUGCUUAGUCGUCAUGUCAAUAAAGCAUGCCGCAUUGGCAUAGUCAGCAUCCAAAUUGGGCCUAUCAAAUGCCAAUCCUUAAGUCAUCCACACAUGAUCCAUCCCUCAUCCAAAACACUAAAUUCAAACUUGAUCUGCCAUGACAUUAAUCCACCCAACCCAAUCUCCCCCCGCUAGGAAAUAUGGAUUGAGAAUCAAAUCGUUGUUCAUUGGGGGACCGAACAUAGGUCAAAUGAGUUUUUCACAUAAGCUACUCGCGGUUCAUGUGUCUGUUGUUAUAAUUUAUUUGCUUAAUACAAGACAUGAAUCAUUAACAAAACUCGAUAGAGAUGAAUGAAUCACUAUCGUAUUAGUUACUCCAAACGUUAGUUGAGAAGUUUAGUGACUGAUUUGUUAAUACGAAUAAAGUUCAAUGGCCACU